AUGCAUGCUCCAUUCUCUUCUACCUUUGCAUCUGCUGCGGCGAGCACGAACGGAGAAACCACUGCCAACAGGAGAGAUAAUGCUGGUGCUAGUGAAUGGUCAAGAAGCCGUGUCAAUGGUACCACCCAAACGUUCCGCAGACCAUCCUCCGCCACCACGUCUGCGCAAACACACCCACAGGCACGCGAAAGCGGAAACAGCAAUGGCGGCGCGUACAUACCUCCUCACCUCAAUGCCAACAACUCGUCAGCCUCUUUGCGUAACCCUCCCUCCGGGGGAAACCGCUACUCCAAAGACCAAUUAUUGAGCAUAUACCAAACCAUCAAGCAAUCUUCAGCUCUUGAUCGAAAUCUGGAGGACAUCUUUCACGGGACCUGGGAUCCAUUGGAAGGCAAGAAUGGAAAUGCGAAUCAAGGUGCUCGCAAUGACGGAAAGGACCCAGCUCCCGGGCCUGAAGUUUGUUGGAACUACAACAUAAACCCGGAGCCGUUUGGGUUGACCGGUAUGACAGAGGAGGAGAAGCAGCUCUUCUCCACUUCCGUCAAUUCGCCGAUCAAACCACAGCAAAUGAACCCGAAAGACAGCGGCGGGGUCGGAGUUAUUGGUGGGCGCAAGGCUUCUUUGACAGGCUACAACAAUGGGACUGGAGGUUCAAGGCCAGGGACUCGCCGAAGGGAGACAAGCGACUCCUUCAUGAGUAACGGCCCGAUGUCGCCGGCGGAGAACAAGACGUUUGCUCGUGGCGAAUCAAAUACUGCAACCCCUCCUCCUGCAUUGCUACGACGACGAACAGAUUACAAGGAUGAAGAAACACCCACAACUUCUAAGGAAGAUCCCAGUGCGGAUGAACAGCCGGAUGCGCACCCAUCAUUCCCUGGCUUGCGGAGGGCAGGUACUGGCCCAUUGAGUGCCGGUUCGAACCCCUCUUCUGCAUCUGCGUGGUCGGCUGGUGCGCAGCCAUCAGCGUUCGGUUCCAUGGGAAGUUUUGGCAGCUUUGCGGUUGGUUCCCCGGCCUCAACAGAAUCCAAUGACAAGAGACUUGGGUUUGGCAGCGCCCGUGGAAGUCGCUUUAAAGACCUGUUGUCUAAAACCAGCUCGGAGGACAUUUCUCAGAGCGUCAAGGACAAGGGCUCUUUUGGCGCUCUCGAAAAGCUGCCUGAGGAGGACAUGGGUGUGGCUCACGCGAGAUUUCGCGAUGAUUUCAAGACACGUCCAGGCCGCAGCGAGACCAACCCCUAUGAAGAGGCACCCGUGCGGAGUGGAAGCGCAGCUUUGGGUGGCGCUCAGGAGAGUGCGUCUACCAAUCCGAACAUCGAGCCGGCAGGAUCCCUUCCCUUUGGCCCUCCGUCCAAUAUCGGUACCCGAGAUUUUGGCCAGGAGGAACCGUAUCCCCAAGCUCAGCAGCACGGACGGUAUAAUCCCCUCGAACCUAUGAGCCCUACCAACACGAACCCGUAUCAAAGCCCUCACGGUCGGGUCGAGGAUGACGAGCGAGAUACGAAUGAUUCGGCAUCGCAGGCAUCAGGACUUCCCCCCUUUGGUGGGAAUCGCCGCACCGUAUUUCCCGGUUCUGAUGAUAGAAGUCAGGCAGGAGGUGCUGCCCGCGGUGCAAGUGGGUUUGGAGCCCUCUCAGGCUUCGGUGGACUGGGCGGUCCAUUGGGCGGUACACCUGCCUGGUCCACAGCUGCACUUGGUUCUGCCAAACCUGCCCUGGAUCGUGGAAUAGGGUCUGCCUUCGGCGAUCCGCUAUUCAGCCCUCUGUCGGAUUUGCAGUCUCCCGGUGCCGGUGGCCUGGGAAGUGGCUUUUUUGGUUCAGCCGGGUUCGGCUCUACCGGUCGUGUCAGUCGACUCGGGGCAAUGUUUCCACCAGCCAUGCAAGAGCAAAUGCGCGCUGAUAGCAGAACCGAGACGCAUCCGGCUGCUUUCGACUCACGGUCAGAAAGCGCACAACAGCAAUCUAUUCGCGAUGCCUUUGACAACACCGGCCGCAGACAAGAGGGCUUUGCUCGAGGAUCUGGGCAACUGGACGAGUCACCCUCCUUGAGGACCGUUGACGAUGCUGGAAUUCCUAGCGCGCCGAUUCAGUUUGGACCUACACCGACAACCAACCCCCUGGCCACCCCACAGACCACAGGAGCCAGGCCAACUGGAGCGGAAAACCUGCAGUCGGGACAUGGCCUUAGUCAGUCGAGCGGGAGCAAUUCCUCCACUCAACUGCCCGCUAGUCAACAACGUCAGAUGGUUAUGCCGGACCGCAUGCGCUGGAUCUACCGAGAUCCCCAGGGAAACACCCAAGGUCCCUUCUCCGGUUUGGAGAUGCAUGAUUGGUUCAAAGCCGGGUUCUUCACCGCUGACUUGCAAGUCAAGAAACUUGAAGAUACGGAGUACGAGCCUCUGGCCCAGCUUGUUCGACGCAUUGGCAACUCGCGGGAACCCUUCUUGGUGCCCCAGAUCGGGGUACCCCAUGGACCUCCCAGCUCUGGACAAGGAAAUCAAUGGGCAAACUCUUCCUUGGGUGGUACGGGUGGUGGUGGUGCUACCAGUGCUACCAGUGGUACAACUCAACCGCCUUUUGCCAGUAGUUUCCCCAGCUUUGGCACGACCUUGACGGCGGAGCAACAAAAUGCUCUGGAAAGACGAAAGCAAGAAGAACAAUUCCUGAUGGCCAGGCAGAAGGAACAUCUGGCUCAACAGCAGAUGGCCAUGAAACACAUGCACAUACAGAACCCUAUGCAACCCUUACAACAUCAUUCAUCUGCCCACUCGCUGCAAAGCCAACCUAGCUUCGGAAGCAUUACGUCCCCAGCUGGCUAUCAUCCUUCUCCCAUGCCGGCACCAAUACAACCACCACCAACUGGCUUGCCUUUCGGUCAACAAGGAGCUCCUGCUAUAGGACCAACCUUUGGCGUGGACGCCAGAGGUGGAAGGGAGGACGAGCUUCACACCAUGAUGGACCGUCUGACAUUUGCUCAGCGGGCAAAUCUACCCUUUACGGGGGCCCCUUUAGGCCCUCCACCGGCGGACGUCGGUCCUCAGGGCGUCAGCACCAUGCUCCAAGACAGAGCUCGAUUGCAACAACAGCAGCAGCAGUCUGAUAUGCGGGGCCAUCAGGACGCUUUUUUAGGACCACAGGGCCGCAACGACCGCUUGGAAGAGUUCCACCAAUUUCGUGGACAAGAGGAAAUACAAGCUGGUCGUCUCGGCCCUGAGGAAGGUCGACCACAGCCUAUCGGCGCCCAACGUCAUCUCGACGAGCUAUCAACCCCAGCCACAGCACAAAAGGGCCCGGUCUCUGGUGGGCAUCACGCCGUCGUGGCCAGAGCGGAACAUGAACCCUUAUCCUUGGCACAACAAGUUCAAAUUGCGGCAGCCAGUCAACAAGCAGCAGCUGAAGAAAGCGCGCGGUCAAAGCAAGAUGUUUUUGUAGAGCCUCCACCGGUUUCGAUAUCACCGCUACCCGCUCCUGCAGCUCAGCGUAAUCGACAACACGUCGCCGAUGCUUUGCAAGCCGAAUCCAGGUCAGCGACUCAGACUCCGAUAGAGACUCCUACUGUUUCCAUCGCACCUUGGGCGGAACGCAUUGCAGACCAUCCCAAGGGCCCAUCGCUGAAGGAAAUCCAGGAAGCUGAAGCGAGACGCGCGGCCGAACAAGAGCAGAUCGCCGCUGCUGCUCGACGUGCGCAAGCCGAACAAGAGAGAUUAGCUCAGGCUCAUGUCUCCGCCCCGCUGCCGGGUCUUCCGUCAACAUCAACGUGGGGUAGUUCGGCUUCACCAGUUACAGCUGGAACUCCGCCUACUUCGGUAUGGGCCAAGCAGACCCCUGCCAAAGCGGUUGCGGGGGCGAAGGUGCCUGCAAAGAAGACGUUGGCCCAAAUUCAGAAGGAAGAAGAAUCUCGGAAACAGCGAGCUGCCGCCGCUGCCACGGCCGCAGCCAACGCGAAUACGGGCAGCCCAGCUUCGGCAGCUGGGGGCAAGCGAUAUGCCGAACUAGCUAGCAAAGUCGUCCCGACAACACCAACUACCUCCACAAGUGCCUGGACAACGGUGGGUACAGGAGGUGCUAAGGCCAAGGCGCCACCUGCCGUGGUUGCAACUCCUCAACCAGCUUCACGGACGGUAAGCAGCUCUACCAACAGCGGAACCAAAGCACAGCCUAUUCCUCAGCCCUCUCGGAAUACUACCUCGUCCAACUCGAGCAAGGCGAACGAAGAAUUUGCCAAAUGGAUCAAGGGUGCCCUCGGAAAGGGCUUGAACAGUAACAUCAAUCUCGAUAGUUUCGUGCAAGAUUUACUGCAACUACCACCCGACAUUGAAAUCAUAUCCGACUCGGUGUAUGCCAGUUCUCAGACGCUUGAUGGACGGAGGUUUGCGGAAGAGUUUGUUCGACGCCGUAAAUUGGCGGACAAAGGCAUUGUCGAACCCGCAGCAAAUGGAACACUACCUGGAGGGGUUGAUGGCAAGAAUGGAGGCGGUGGCUGGAGUGAAGUUGCGAAGAAAGGGCCAGCAACGACUGCGCGGGAAGAGAGUAACGCGGCGUUCAAGGUUGUGGCAACGAAGAAGAAGGGGAAGCGAUGA